AUGGGGGAGUUGGGUUAUUUUGGGAUGAUGGUCUUUUGUCUUUUGGUAUUUAUGGGGUCAACUGAAGCUCAAUUGCAGAUGGGUUUUUAUUCUAGUAGCUGCCCAAAUGCUGAGACGAUUGUGCAAGACUACGUUAACAGGCAUAUCCAUAAUGCUCCAUCAUUGGCAGCAACCAUCAUAAGAAUGCAUUUCCAUGAUUGUUUCGUUAGGGGUUGUGAUGCAUCUGUGCUUCUGAACACAACUUCAAGCAAUAACCAAACUGAAAAGUUGGCAACUCCAAAUUUAACACUGAGAGGCUUUGGUUUCAUUGAUGCUGUUAAGAGCCUGCUGGAAGCAGCGUGCCCUGGUGUAGUCUCUUGUGCUGAUGUUAUUGCUUUGGUUGCAAGGGAUGCUAUUGUAGCCACUGGUGGUCCAUCAUGGAGAGUUCCGACAGGGAGAAGAGACGGGACGAUUUCAAGAUCCUCAGAGGCCAUGAACAAUAUACCUCCUCCAACAAGCAACUUCACCAAUCUACAGAGACUUUUUGCCAACCAAGGACUGGACUUGAAAGACUUGGUCUUGCUAUCAGGUGCUCACACAAUUGGGGUGUCACAUUGUCCAUCAUUUUCGAACCGCCUUUACAAUUUCACCGGAGUGGUGGGUACUCAGGACCCAGCACUAGACAGCGAAUACGCUGCCAAUCUGAAGGCAAGGAAGUGCAGAAGUCUUAAUGACAAUACCACCAUAGUAGAAAUGGACCCUGGAAGUUUCAGGACAUUUGAUCUUAGCUACUACACUCUUUUACUCAAGAGACGAGGUCUAUUCCAAUCUGAUUCUGCCUUGACCACAAACUCUGCUACACUGUCCUUCAUCAACCAGCUACUCCAAGGUUCACUUCAGAAUUUCUUUGCGGAAUUUGCAACUUCCAUGGAGAAAAUGGGCAGAAUCAAUGUCAAGACCGGCACCACCGGAGAGAUUAGAAAACAGUGUGCAUUUGUGAACAGCUAA